AAACAUUGAACGCAUUCAGUACACACGAAAGAGACAACCCCGUACUAAAUUCCAAUCCGAAAUGUUAAAGAUCGCCGCCGACGGAAUCGGACACCGUCUGGCCUGUUGCGUCAUGGGCGCAACUAGUGCACAUACCACUUGCCAAAGGAUUGCACCGCAGGCCGCAAAACUCACCCAAAAGUACCUAUCACAAUCGCAACACCUCCUUAAAAAGUUGGUUAUCAAGGAUCAUUACGAGUUUGAUCAAAAGGUGAUCAACAGCGACAACCCAGUGAUUGUGAACUUCCACGCCGAAUGGUGCGAUCCUUGCAAAAUACUUACGCCCAAGAUGCUGGAGCUGCUAGAGAACUCGAACGAGAUCGACCUGGCUGUCAUCGAUGUGGAAACGAACCUGGAUCUUGUAGAGACUUUCGAGGUAAAGGCCGUGCCCGCAGUGUUGGCCUUCAGGAACGGCGUCGUGGUUGACAAGUUCAUUGGCCUUGUGGACGCCAACAGUAUCGAAACGCUGAUCGACAAACUGAAGCGCAAACAGCGAAAGGCAUGAAGGAUACACGGAUUUGAUCGGGGAGGUCAUGAUUUUACACACGAAACGGGAGACUGUAACUGCGAUAUAUUUCUCCAUGCCGAGGCAGAAAUUGCAAUCAUCGAUGCUUAAAAAAUGUGCACAAAACACUUAAAUAUGCAAUAAAACUAUUAGUAACUAUGGCUAUUUUUAACCCGUA